AUGGAGGAGGAGAAAAAUCUCGAUCACGGCGGUAGCGGCGGCGGUGGUAUUGGUGAAAUUGGCGGAUAUUGGUGGUGGGGAUUAGCAAGUGCAGCUCAAUUAGCAAUAGGAAUAAGAUCAUACAGAAGAGGAUACAACGGAGAUGGAACAUUAAUGCCUUUCAAAGCUUUUGGUGUUGCUUUAAUAUUUCUUGGUUCUGGUGCUGCUGCUAUUACUGGAUUGCUCAAUCUCUCUGGUAUGCACAAGGUUGAAGAUUUCAAGAGAUUGGGUGCAAAUAUCAGGGGUGGUUUAGGAGUUCCCCCUAGAGAAACUCAGAAAUAG